UCUGAUAGAACUUCAAUGAGCGUGUUAGGAGGAACUCUUUAUGCUCAGCUGUGCGAUCGUUGUCGGGCGCCUAACGCUGAACACUCAAGCCGCUCCAUGUUUCUGUUAGGAAUGGAAGUUAUUGAUGCGGUUUGGUUCGGUUUGUCUAUUUUUUUUUUUCUUUCGUUUUGUAUUCACGGUUUCACUGCAAAAGCCGAUAGAUUUAGUCAGUCUGUGAUUUAUAAUUUAUUUCAAGAUCUUAUUCGGUACGGGAAAACUAAGACCAGUUUACAGCGACCAGCAUUUCUGCAUGCUUUUGAUAUUCCAAAAAGAUGGUUCACCCACUUUUACAUAGUUUCCAUAGUUUGGAAUGGUCUGUUAAUGGCUUUCCUUCUUCAAGCAGUGCUGCUGGGUCAGCAUUUUCCAGAAUGGUUAACUAUCCUUAUCAGAACAUUCAAUGGACGUUACAUACAGCUGAGGAAUGGUGACCAGUUAUCAGUAUUACUGGUCCAGAUGCUGCUGUGGCUGCAUUCCCUCAGACGUCUCGUAGAAUGCGUGUUCAUCAGUGUGUUUUCUGGUGGAGUCAUACACGUAGUGCAAUACCUUUUUGGUCUUAGUUAUUAUAUCAUUCUUGGUUUAACAGUACUCUGCACGUCAUUCCCUAGUGAAUAUAAAGGAUUUUCUAUAGAAGAAUUAUUUGCACAAAUACAGUGGAACCACCUUGUUGGAAUUGUGAUGUUUAUAUGGGCCUCCAUUCAUCAACACACGUGUUGUGUUAUUCUUGCCAAUCUUAGAAAAGGAGAUUCAGGCAAAGUGGUAAACCUGGGCCACAGUAUUCCUCGUGGGGACUGGUUCGAGUUGGUUUCAUGCCCACACUAUUUUGCAGAGCUCCUAAUUUACAUUUCACUCAGUGUUAUAUUCAGUGGCUCUAAACUGACCUGGUGGCUGGUGGUGCUAUAUGUGCUUUUCAGCCAGGCAUUGGCUGCCUUUCUGUGCCAUGAGUUUUACUUUAAAAAGUUUAAAUCGUAUCCAAAGAAACGUAAGGCUUUCAUACCAUUUGUAUUCUAGUUUUUUUUCCUCAAUCAGAAUUUAAAGAUGUAUUACUUUCGUAUGCUGUUUGUUAAUUUGCUUUAAAUAAAUGAACAUGUGGAGACCUCUUUUUAAAAUUCUACUUUGUCAAGCUUGCUGCUAAAGUAUGAGCGAACUGUCAACCUCACAGUCCCAAAGCUUAACCAUUGUAGAAAAGGAUCAGAUCCAGCCUGUAUAAUAGGGAAACAAAACCCCCCCCCCCC